AUGAUCGCACAAGAUAGCCAUGACCUUCACCUAGCAGAUCUGCCUCGCGAUCUAUUCUGGAUGGUCCUGGAAUAUCUAGAACCAGACGAAAUAGUCCGCUGUCGCCGCGUCUGCCGUGAUUGGAAUGAAGCCUUUAGCAAUCCUGUCGUUUUACUCUCACUCCUAAAGAUCCAGUUUCCAUGGACAAAAGAGGCUGAAGACCUGGCCUCAGAUACAUCGGCUCAAGACCGAAGUCAAGGCCGUCGCCUAUACGAUCAGGUCGCUUCCCGUUACUCCCACCUAGAGCGAGGCAGGCCCCGCUCUAUUCAAAAAUUGCCCCUCUGCGAGGACUUUAGCAGCUCCGGAGAUCGCGAGUGGUACCAAGUGCAGCCAUGGGAAACACAUGGGAGUCAUGUGAGGCGUCUUGUAGACCGACUGUUCUCCGAGGCUCUAUGGACGUUCGAGGAGGGGCUGUUGGUCUACCCCAGCGCGGAGCAUCAGUGUCUCGUACUCAGGGAUCUAGAGACGGACCGACAGUUCAUGGUACCUUUCCUCAUCCGUGGGAAGGUCAUUCGUCGAGUCCGACUGCAGAGGCGCCUGUUGGUUAUUGAAUGGGCUGAACCCAAUGCCUUCCACUGGUUGAAUGACAGCGACGGCGUGCAUCGUCACUUCGCGUCCUCAUUUGAGGUGACGAAGAGCGAGACCGAAGGGUGGAAUAUUGCCCCGCGCAAUGAAUGGAAAAUAAUGUUCCUGGGCCAUCCGCUGAGCGAGCGUGAUCGGUUCUUCUCCGCACAUAGCAAUACGCACUAUGUGAUCUACAUGUGGCAGCCGAAUCGAAGCCUCUACACUUCAGACGAGGAUGCACCUAUCGAAUCACUGUUUGUUUGGGACAUCUCAAGACCGUCAUCAUAUCGACCUUCGUUGGAUCCCACAGGUCGACUGAAAGGCGACUCGCCAGAUGAUUCUCCUUCCAUCGUGGCACGGUUCGGUUUCCGGGAUCUGGAAUUCUUCGGCAUACGACAGCGCGGUUGUCCAUUGAUUCAGCGUCUGGAAAUUACAGACGAUUCCCAGGCGGUCGAGAUUACAGAGAACGUCUGCAUCUGGGCGGAAGACCAACCACCCGAUCCUUUCGGACCACCCGAUCCUUUCGCAUUUCCUCAGUCUGUUACUAUCAGCAUUCCCUUAGCUGGAAAUGGGCCCGCUUGGCGCCGCCCAUGCGAGGGUGCUCUACCACCUUACCGGGGAAACUGUGGCUUACAAGCGCAGCCUAUGAGCUUCGAUGGAUUCAUGGUCGAUCCGUGGUUUGGGGUUAUUUCUCAUGUGACUGUACUCGACCCUGAUCUCGGUUUCUGUCUCCAUUUCGAUCCGACCAAUUGGACCCAGGAUCAGAUCAUCAGUUUAACUGUUCAGACGCCUCGUUCGAUUGUGACUUAUCCUAAUUUUGAUUUCAUUGGUAGUGGGAAGCUCGCUGGCUGUGAGAAGUAUUUGUUGGGGGAGAAUUGCAAUCGGGAACUGGUGAUUUACCGGUUUGAUCGAUAG